AUGGCUACUGCUACACAAAGUAAUAAACGUAAAAAGAAGCCAACUCAUCCAUAUACACCACCUAAUCGUGUACCAAGUGAUCAUUUCUUAGUGAAUUUUUCGUCAAUAAAACAAACGCAAAUAGUACCAAGAUCAUCAGUUAGAAAAUUAACAGAAACAACAACAACUGUUUUAUAUAACAAACAGGAAAUAAUUGGCAAAAUUCUUUGUAGUGGUACAAAUGAACAAUGUGUAAAAUUUUGGAAUGAAAGUAUGGCUACUAUACGUGAUAUUAGUCCUGUAGCACCAGCAAAUGAAGAUAUUGGUGAUGAUGAUGAUGACAAAGAUGAAAGUAUACCAAGCGCACAAAGACCAGCAUCAACAAUACUUUCAUUAAAUCCAUAUACACAAGACAAUGAUGAAGAUGAACAAAUUACACAGUAA